GUAUCUCGUAUUGGCCUCUUUCAGGCUGUUCAACUAGACCCCAACUUUCUGGAUGCCUACAUCAAUCUUGGAAAUGUACUGAAGGAAGCUCGGAUUUUCGACAGCUUCAAUUACAACAGAGCUGUUGCUGCGUAUCUUCGCGCUCUUAAUUUGGCUUCCAAUCACGCAGUUGUUCACGGAAAUCUGGCCUGUGUCUAUUAUGAACAAGGAUUGAUUGACUUGGCGAUUGAUACAUACCGUCGGGCCAUAGAGCUACAACCGAAUUUCCCGGAUGCGUAUUGUAAUCUGGCAAACGCACUGAAGGAAAAAGGGCUUGUACAAGAGGCAGAAAAUGCUUAUAUGACUGCAUUGGGACUAUGCCCAACGCAUGCCGAUUCCCAGAACAAUUUGGCUAACAUCAAGCGUGAACAGGGGAAAAUUGAAGAGGCUACGCGUCUUUAUCUGAAAGCACUUGAGAUCUAUCCUGAAUUCGCGGCUGCUCAUAGUAAUUUGGCAUCAAUUCUUCAACAACAGGGUAAACUUCAAGAGGCCAUAUUGCAUUACAAGGAAGCGAUCCGAAUUGCUCCGACCUUUGCCGAUGCCUACUCGAACAUGGGUAAUACUCUGAAGGAAAUGGGUGAUGCAGCAAAUGCAAUGCAGUGCUAUACUCGUGCCAUACAAAUCAAUCCUGCUUUCGCUGAUGCUCAUUCAAACCUCGCUAGUAUACACAAAGUAAGUAAGUACUUGGCAGUUGAAAACCCAUUUUCCACAGCCGUCAUCAUGCCCGCUGUUAAGGACUCUGGUAACAUUCCUGACGCUAUCCAAAGUUACUCGACUGCUCUGAAGCUGAAACCAGACUUUCCCGAUGCGUUCUGUAAUCUUGCGCACUGUCUCCAGAUCAUAUGCGAUUGGACGGACUACGAAAAUCGUAUGAAGCGAUUGGUGGCCAUAGUAGACGAACAGCUGAGCAAGAAGCGCCUGCCUUCUGUGCAUCCUCACCAUUCUAUGCUUUACCCGCUAACCCAUCAGACUCGAAUCGCCAUAGCUGCAAAGCACGCCCAGUUGUGCACCGAAAAGGUGGCAAUGUUGGGCCAUGCACCGUUCAACUAUCCAGAUCGUUUGAGCGUUCGCAACGGUAUCAGUCGUCUUCGUGUUGGUUAUGUGUCAUCAGAUUUUGGAAAUCAUCCUACAAGUCAUUUGAUGCAGUCGAUCCCUGGCAUGCAUGACCGCUCCAGGAUUGAGGUGUUCUGCUACGCACUGUCUGCUAAUGAUGGUACUAAUUUCCGCCAAAAACUAGUAAAUGAGGCGGAACAUUUUGUUGACUUGUCACAAAUAUCGUGCAAUGGAAAGGCUGCUGAUCGAAUAAACCACGACGGAAUUCAUAUUUUGAUCAACAUGAAUGGCUAUACAAAAGGCGCUCGGAAUGAAAUAUUCGCUCUGAGACCGGCUCCGAUUCAG